UGAGGAACUAAAAGAACCCAGAAUUAGCUCAUCUCACUCUUUUUAGAUUCUUUUAAACUUUCUUCAUGUUCCUAACUCUAGACAUUAAAGAUGGUUUCUAGCUGUCAGGCAUUGAAGCUGUUUAACAUUCUUGCUGAUGGAGGGAUGUAGGAGUGUGAUGGCAGCCCUGUCUGAGAACAUGUUGACCGUCAGCAUGUUACUGAAUGUCUUCUUCUUCUCAGGAGUUCAGACUGGUUGCUAUAAACCAGCCCUCAGCAUUACUGCACCAGAGGAGAUGGAAGCUCUGAGUGGAUCCUGUUUGCUAAUCCCAUGUAGCUUUAGAGAGAAAACAGGAGAAACCAUUGAUGGCAGAAGAAAAACAUUUGGAGUUUGGAUAAAAAGUCAUCCUGAGUUUAAAGAUAAUCAUUUUAACGUGAUCUACAACAGCAGUAAGCCAACGAACAUUUAUAACAUGAACAUUACUGGAAACCUGAAAAAGAGGAACUGCACCACUGUGUUUUUUAAUGUAAACUCAAGUCAAACAGAUAAAUACUUCUUCAGGGUUGAGAACGGGCCGUUCAAAGCAACAGCUUCCUGUCAUCCUGUUAAUAUAACAGUUAGAGAUUCAGCUUGGAGGCCCAGGAUUGAAAUCUCAGGUGAUGUGAAGGAGAAGGACUCUGUCACCAUAACCUGCUCAGCUCUCACUCCCUGUCCACAAUCACCUCCUGAACUCACCUGGAAUCUCCAACCAGACUCUCCCAGACAGAUAGAGGAGAACACAGAUGGAACGUUUAGAACUAAAAUCCAGCAGAUCAUCACUCUGUCAGACACACAUGAUGGAUACAACAUCAUCUGUUCUGUCAGAUAUCCUGUGGAUGGAGGAAAACACAGCAAGACAGCAAAGACAGAAGUGACUCUGAGUCUUUCCUAUGCUCCCAAAAACACCUCAGCGCCCAUCAGUCUAUCAGCAGAUAGCUGGGUGUACCUGAACUGCUCCAGCAGAGCCAAGCCUCCCAUCAGCUGCUUCACCUGGUUCAAGAAGAGCAAACAUGGAGCCAUGAAAGUAGCUGAAGGAGAUGUCAGGUUAACCGUCUCUGAGGGAGGAAUUCACUGCUGUGAGGCCAAGACUGAAGGUGUGCUAAUUACACUCAUUAUACUUCCUGUUGUUGCUGUGAUCGUCUUCCUGCUAAUAUGGUUCUUAAAAAACAAACGUACUGCUGCACAACACAAUCAGACUCCAGCUGCUGAGGAGCUCGCUCUUCAAAUCCCAACUAAUGAGAGACAGGAAGAUCUUCAUUAUGAGGAUGUGAAGUUCAUAAAGAAACCUUCCUGUGUGUCACAGAGCAGCAGCAAUGAGCAGCAGGAAACGCUGUACGCACAGGUCCAAGUUUCCAAGGUAGUGAACAGAUCAUCUCAGACUGCUGACGGACCAGAGGAUCUCUACUCUAGUGUUCAGUGAAACUGUCUCCAUCAAUGACAGGAUUCUAAACAAACAGACUAUACUGAUUAUAGUAGUUUUAUCUGGUUAUAUUUCUGGGUUUGGAUGCAGAGUUUGCAGGGUUUGGUGAAGCUUAAUGGGUUAAAAGAAUUUUACUUUGGUUAGUUCUCCUGAUAUUUUUUUUAAUCUCUUCAUUUCAGUAAUGAUGUGUUAAUACGAUAACACAAAUGCAAAUGUUUUGAUCAUGCUGGUAAUUUGUAAACAUAUUUAAUAUUUUAUGGUAAUGCUGCUUUCAACAAAUAUGUAAUACUUAGAGUCUUUUUAAUCUUAUUAUUUUAAAGAUCCUGUAAUGUUUCCCUCUUUUCUAAUGUCAGAAAAACUGAUAUAUUUUCAUUUGCUUUAGUUUUGUUACAUGAAUCCCAACAUCUGGAGAUUAAACUGAUUUUAAGGAUUAAGUCUAAAGAAAAAAAAUGUCUCUGGUUUUGUUAUAUAUUUUUCAUAGAUCAUUUUACAUAUUUCAGUUAACUUUUAGUCCGUUAAUAUUCUUUGAUUUACAUUAUUUUGCGUUUAAGUCAACCUAAACAUGCAUCUGCAGAGGACAUAUUAACUAUACUCCAAGGAGCACUGGAGCAUGAUGGGAGUUCUGGCUUUUUGUCCAGUAUGUAUGGUAUAAAUCAGGCAAAGAAGGCAAUGACCAUGUCGACAAUAAAAGAAAUAAGAAGUGUAAUAAAAUAAAAAAACAAGUUAUGUCUUU